UGAUGCGGCAUCUCUUCCUCAUUUUCAAACGAAUUAGAUGAUUUUGGGAGUUUAUACUGAUUUGAGUUGUGUCGGUUUUUCCGUUUGCAUGGUUCGAUUCCACUCGAGUCUUCUGUAAUUUGACUUCAUUUUGAAAUGCUGGCGAUUUAGGUAUGGUAUUUAUCGAGGUUUUGAACUGUUUUCGUGAUUUGUUUUUUUCUUUUAUAUUCGAACAAUUGCGGAGAUGAUCGUCCUUGAUUCGUUAUGUUGCUGGAUUGAUAAUUUCGGAGUAAACAGAAAGUUUUGGAGAAUUUUCAGUUUAGCAUUUUGAUUCCACUUAAUUCUUCAGGAGUUUGAGCUCCUUUUGGAGAUUUGUUGAUCUUUAGGUUUGUUCUUUUUUUUCAACCUUUUGUCGUUUUAGUUAACAUCAUGAUUAACUUCCAAAAAAUUGUUGAUAUUGAUCGUCAUUUGAUUCAUCAUUUCGGUGGUUAAUUCCAGAGAUGAGCUUGGUACAUGAGAAGUAUGUUAAUAAUUUUGUGAACAUUUUGAGAGCAUUUUUAAGCUGUUAGUCCUUUAUUGUUUGGUUUUCUCGUCAUGGGAAUGGGAAGAAGUAUUGAUUCUUGUCUCAGCAGAAUGCCCCAACUGUUCGACAACUUUUGAUCCUGGGGUUCAAGUUUUUCAAGAAAAUGGACAGUAAACAUAAAACUCUACUCUGAACAUUGAAAUGAGAUGCAAUGCCUGCUGGCAAGAAUUGGAAGGAAGGGCCAUUACCACUACCUGUGGUCACCUCUUGUGCCCUGAAGAUGCAAGCAAGAUUCUCAGCAACAAUGGUGUUUGUCCCAUCUGCGAUCAGGUGCUCUCCAAAAGGUGUGGUUGAUAAAAGAGCUCAUAAAACAUCUCACAUUACCCAUUCAGUUACAUCUUUCUCAAGUUGGAAUGUGAUUUUUAGUUGGGGAUGCUGUACACUGUCACUUGUUCUUGACAUCUCAAAUGUUUUUCUUGUUAGUCUCAUGAGACCAGUGGAUGUCAAUCCAAAUGAUGAAUGGGUUAAUAUGGCCAUGGCAGGAACAUCUCCUCAGAUAAUAAUGAAGAGUGCAUUAAGAAGUGUAAUGUUUUACAUUGGACAAAGGGAUUUAGAGAUGCAAGUUAAGAUCAAUAAGAUAGUAGCUCAGUGUCGCCAGAAAUGUGAGGCGAUGCAAGCAAAGUUCACAGAAAAAUUGGAGCAAGUUUAUACCGCAUACCAGAAAAUGGCGAAGAGGUGCCAAAUGAUGGAGCAAGAAAUGGAGAAUUUAACCAAAGAUAAGCGAGAACUGCAAGAAAAGCUUUCGGAAAAAUGCAGGCAAAAGAGAAAACUUGACGAAAUGUAUGAUCAAGCACGAAAUGAAAUUGAUUCACUGAAGCGAAUGGCAAUUCAGCCGGCUGACCAUUUCUUUUCAAGGCCCGAACCUGACUUGUUCUCGAAUCCUGCCGUAGGAAUGGAUAACAGAGACAUUCGAGCAGGGCAUGAGGACAUCUGGCCAGACAGGCAAAAAAAUUCGAACUUCGCAUUCCACAUGCCCGGAAGCUCCCCUGGAAAACCAUCUGCAAUUCCAAUGGACACCUCGAACCAUAUGCCAGCAGCUCGCCCUUCUUUUGGGAUUAACAAUGGAGGUGGAGGAAACAAUAAUCCUUCAAUGACUCUAAGAAAUCUAAUCUUUUCGCCCAUAAAGAGACCUCAGCCCUCACGCAGUCGACCUCCACUGUUCACGUUGUAGACAGCAGAGGCUUCCAGUCAUACAUCUAGCCACAUUGCAUUGCAGAUCCCCCGGCUGAGUGCAUCGCAGCCGUUGAUCCUGCAGCAGUCGAGACUCUGAGGCCGCUGGAUCGACAGUGGACUAAAGAGGUGAGAGGCUCCCCAUUUCUCUUUACCCUGAAUUAAAAGUAUCU